AUGGACUUUAAGAAGACUGAAGAUUGGGUUAACCACAAAUGGGAUCAUGAUAUUCAACCUGUAUUGGAAGAAUAUAUUAGAAUCCCCAAUUAAUCUCACGGUUUCGAUCCUAAGUGGAACGAAAAUGGUUUACUUGAAAAGGCUGCUAAUCUCUUAUUAGAAUGGGCUAAGAAAUAGGAAAUUAAGGGUGCCAAGUAUGAACUUAUUAAGGAUGAAGAUAAAUCUCCUUUGAUUUACAUUGAAGUUGACGGUACCACUGAUGACACUCAAACCGUUCUUUUCUAUGGUCACUACGAUAAGUAGCCUCCUUUCACUGGCUGGCUUGAAGGAUUGGCUUUCGAUAAGCCCGUUGUUCGUGGAGAAAAACUCUAUGGUAGAGGUGGUGCUGAUGAUGGUUAUAGCAUUUUUGGUUCUUUAGCUGCUAUUAAGAUUUGUUAAGAAUAAGGUUUACCUCAUCCUAGAUGCAUUGUUUUAAUCGAAGGUGAUGAAGAAUCAGGUUCUGCUCAUUUGGGUCCCUACUUAGAUAAGCUCAGAGAUAGAAUCAGAGAACCUGCUGUUGUUUUCUGCUUGGACUCUGGUUGCCUCAACUAUGAAUAGUUGUGGAUGACUACCUCCCUUAGAGGUUGUUUGACUGCUAAUGUCAAGGUUAAGGUUUUAAAUGAAGGUGUCCACAGUGGUGAUGCUUCUGGUAUUGUUCCUAGCAGCUUUAGAGUCCUUAGACAAUUGCUCACCAGAGUAGAAAAUGCCGAAACUGGUGAAUUGGCUGACGACUUCUAAGUUAUCAUUCCUGCUGAUAGAUAUGCUGAAGCAUUGAAGGUUUCUCAAUAAAUGGGAGAACCUCUCCUCCAAAGAUUCCCAUUAGCUAACGGUGUUUAAACUGUUACUAAGAAUGUUUUCAAUGGAUACAUUAACAAUACAUGGAAGGCUACUUUAUGUGUUGUUGGUGCUGACGGAUUACCAGCUACUUCUAGUGCAGGUAAUGUCUUGAGACCUGAAACUACUGUUAAGAUUUCAAUAAGAUUACCCCCCACUUUAGAUAUUGAAACUGCUAAGGUUGCUCUUAAAAAGCUCUUAACUGAAAACGUUCCUUAUGGAGCUGAAAUCACCCUUGAAAAUAUGGUUGGUAUGCCCGGAUGGAAUUGUCCACACACUGAAUAGUACUUACUUGACAGUAUCUAAAAGGCUAGUAACACUUUCUACAAAAAGGAAGCUUUGUCAUAAGGUAUGGGAGGUACCAUUCCUCUUAUGGGAACCUUGUCUAGACUUUUCCCUAAAUCUCAAUUUAUCAUUACUGGUGUUUUAGGUCCUGGUUCUAAUGCCCAUGGUCCCAACGAAUUUUUACACAUUCCUUUCACUAAGAAGUUAAUUUGCUGCAUGGCCUCAGUUCUUGCUGAUACCUACACUCACUUAAAGAAAAAUUGA